AUUCGAAUCUUACCAGUUCUUUCCAAGUGCCCUAAGCAAUCUUACUACCUUAAAUUUGGACUCUUCUUUUACAAAUUGUACAAUAAAUUCAUCAAUCAUUACAAAAUGAUAUUGAAUGCAUUGUACGUGAUCUUUAUUUGCUUGGUGACGACAUUAGGAACCCUGUUUCUUAUAAGAUCAAAGGAUGCUCCUCCAGGUCCUUACCCAUGGCCAAUCUUCGGUAACCUAAAGCUAAUUCGAAAACUAAGCCAAAAAUUCGGCGGCCAGCAUGUCGCAUUUAUGAAAUUAAAUCAACAAUACAACAGUGAUGUUAUCAAACUUUGGCUCGGAAGUUCUAGUGUUUAUGUAGUCGGUGGGUUUGAAAGUAUCCAAAAGAUUCUUCGUGACGACAAUUAUGACGCGCGUCCUUGGACUGAGUUCGUUAAGGUCAGGAAUAUGGGGAUCAAGAAAGGUAUCACCAUGACGGACGGUCCUGAAUGGAAAGCAGUUCGAGGGUGGUUAGUUAGAUCCCUCCGAAAUUUAGGAUUCGGCCGGGAAGAAAUGUGCAACAGAAUAAGCGAAGAAUUGGAGAUCCUGAUUGACGGAUUGAAGCGCCAAGGAGACAAGCCAGUAAGAAUUAAGUCGAUGAUUGCUCCAGCGGUUAUCAAUGGACUGUGGACACUGGUGACUGGAAAGAGGAUUGAUGAUAAGAGAAGAUUGAUGCACUUCCUCAAUAUCAUGGAAAGAAGAGCCCAAGCCUUCGACAUUACCGGCGGAAUUCUCUCAGUAUAUCCUUGGCUACGUCAUAUUGCGCCCAAAGCAUGCGGUUACGAAGUGUUGGUCACUCUGAACAACGAACUCAAAGCGUUUCUGAUGGAGUCAAUUGAAGAGCACAAGAAGAACUACGUCAAGGGCAGUGAAAAAGACUUGAUUGAUAUGUUCUUAACGGAAAUGCAUCUAGGAGACGUCUUUGACGCUGAAUUCGAUGAUGAUCAGCUGCUGAUGAUUCUGGUGGAUCUCUUCAUCGCCGGCUCGCAGACAACAACAGUCACCCUGGAUUUUCUUUUCUUGUGGAUGACAGUCAAUCAAGACGCUCAGGCGAAGCUCCAGGACGAAUUGGACACAGUGGUUGGAAACCGUCUUCCCGACUUAUCAGACAGGCCAAAGCUGCCGUUCACGGAAGCAGUGCUAACAGAAUCUCAGAGACUACGACUGGUCACUCCGAUCAUUGGACCUCGUCGGUCACUUAAAGAAGCAAGCUUAAACGGAUACAGGAUACCAAAAGGCGCGACUAUUUUGAUGAAUACCUACAGUGUUCAUGCAGACUCGAAUAUUUUUGAAGACCCGUUGUCAUUUAGGCCUGAAAGGUUUAUUCAGAACAAUGUUUACACUCCUAGCAAGAAGCUGAUACUCUUUGGAGGAGGUCACCGAAGAUGUCCUGGAGAGACAGUAGCAAAAUCUGAAGUUUUCUUGCUCUUCGCAGGGAUUAUGAAGAACUUCAAGUUGCUUCCAGCGUGUGAUAGCGAUCUUCUGGAUAUUAAUCCGCAGCCUGGAUUAACAAUCUCACCAAAGCCGUACGAAGUUUUGCUUGUCAAACGAUAGAUUACAGAUUAAAUUUAUUUUACUUACUAAUUGUUAAAUUUGAAUAAAAGAUACUAAAGUUACAAAUAAUAA